AUGAAUCACCCCACUUCGGCCGACGAGCGUAAUCCAUCCAACAGCGACGCCGAGUCUGAUGGCGAUGACUGGGUUCUUGUAUCAAGCUCCGACCAUGCCUCCCCUCCCCCCUCCACCGACGACGAAGAAGCAGAUACUCCGGACGUGCGCGUUGACAAGUCCAGCUCAUUGUUUGAGGCUUUCAAUGCCCGCGUCGCUCGUGCUCUGAUCAAGUUCGCGCCGCAACCCACUCUCCCCCGGUCGCAGGUAUAUAAUGGCAAGAAUCGCCCCCCUCUCUGGCGGUUCGGCUACGCCUUCGAGUUGGACGUUGCCUUCGAGUAUGCCGUUCGACACAAACUCAAGAUGCUACCCGACGAUGACGAGGAGGCCGAGGUUCCCACCUUUGAAACAGUCCUUGCUCGACAGGGCAGAUCGGCGCGUGGGAUGACGCUGAUGGCACUCAGACUCAUGACAAACGACCUUUCCGAUAAGUGCGGUUUCAUCUUGAACAUUGCGCGUACGCUCUCGGUCGGCCGCGGGCUCAAGUUCGUGGUCUACCUGUGGUCGAACUACGACUACGACGAGCAGGUAAAGCUCUGUCAUGAUUACGAUCUUGUCCUGCACAUCCUCGACGAGGCGUUCAAGCCGUUUCCUGGGGCGAUAGCUGAACCAUUCUGGUACAUCGACGUGGACAAUGAUUGUCUGGGAAUAUAG